AUUCGGAUCCACUAUCAUCGCAUCAUUCGCGCGCGGAUCAUCUUCCAAACCACACAAGAGCUUCUCCGUCAAUCGAAAUGAACUCAUCACCCUUUCUCGAUUCCGGUUUUCUACUGCUAGCGGCGGUGUUUGUGUUUUGUUCGCAAGUUCAAGGUCAACGUAUUUCCGAAAUAAAAUGUGAAGAAUAUCGAGCAAAAACUUUCAACAAAAAGUCGACCAUCCCGUUGAUUCUUAACCCCAAGCCACUGGGACAUCUGAGUUACAACUGUUCGAAAACCGUGGAGUUGAUAGUCGGAGGAGAAGCUGCCAAGCCCCAUGAAUUUCCGCAUCAUGCACUUCUGGGAUGGCCCCGGGAAGAUGAUGAAGAUGAAUACCAGUUCCUUUGCGGUGGAACAUUGAUAAGCGAUUGGUUUGUGCUAACGGCUGCCCACUGUAUCAUGGAAUCGCCUGCAAUUGUACGGUUGGGGGAGCACGUCCUAUCGGAUGAAGAUAGACUACAUGCAGAUUUUUCUGUUGACGACGUAAUUCUUCAUCCAGCGUACAAAUUCGGUGCUUCGUACAACGAUAUCGCUCUGGUUAAGCUGGAGCACAAGGUAAACUUCGUCAAACACAUUAGACCGGCUUGUCUUUGGACGGGAUCAAGUUUCAAUUUUACUAAGGUUGUUGCAACUGGCUAUGGACAUACCACUUUUGCUGCUGCAAACCAAACUGAUGUAUUGCACAAAGUGGGGCUUGAUCUGUUGGAUACGCAGAAAUGUGAGGAUCAGUACCGAGGUCAUAAAAAGUUCAAGAAAGGAUUAAUAGACAACCAAAUAUGUAUCGGUAGCCAUGAAGGAAAUAAAGAUACUUGUCAAGGAGAUUCCGGUGGUCCGGUACAGGUUCUCACGGAUCCCAAAGGCUGUAUGUAUCACGUUAUAGGAAUCACUUCGACCGGUAGCGGUUGCGGUUUAGCACCUGGCGUCUAUACUCGUGUCUCCAGCUACAUUGAUUGGAUAGAAAGCGAAGUUUGGAAAUGAUUCAGCCUCAAUGAAAAAUGGCGACCUUGAAAAGUGUAGAUUUUUUGCUUAACGA